AUGGCAACCGUCCUCAAGUCGCGGUGUUCUUCACCAUCCGGUGAACAUGAAAAUAUGUCCGCGACACUUUCAAACCAGGCUCAGCUGCGCUACGUCGUUCAAUGGUUUCAGGAAUGGUCAGAAAUGCAACGCGGAGACUUUCUGGGUAUAUUGAUAGAAAAGUGCGGACCCGCAAGAUUGGUCAAUGGGCUUGUUUCCAGUCUGGAAAGUCUGGCGUGCAAAGAGGAUACGGGCAAACCGCCGAGCCUGUUUGAGUGCCGAGUAAAGUUGUUCAGGGAAUGGAGCCAGAACUGGUCGCCUCAGGAGAAAGAGAGUUUACUCUCUUCCAUAAAGAAUUUGGAUCCAAAAUUUGCCGAGAAAUAUGAGGAAAAAGUGGCGAAUGGUGACGACGCGGAUGAACAUUUUGAGAGAAACGACGAGUAA